ACCCACUACUACUCCUACUACCACUACUACUCCUACUACCACUACCAUGAGAAAAACUACAACAACCACAACAACUACUACUGCUCCUCCAUCAACUACCAGAACAACCACAACUAAAAAGCCCACCAAGAGCCAUCCUAAAACAAGUCACCACACAGAAACAGAAGGUGAAUUGGACUUUUCCGAAAAGCAACCUGAACCUUUACGUCCUCCACCUAGAAAACAUGUGACAAAGGCCCCAAGAGGGAAAGCAUUACUUGUGAACCGUGGUAGAGGUAGAGGAGGUCCAAACCCAGAUUCAGACUCAGUCAUAAAUCUGUCUGUUACCGAAGCUCCUCAAUCUGUCACACAACCAAUGCAUCUAGAAGACAAGCAUGUGGGGAGGGAGAGAGAGAGAGUGAACCAGAAGAACAAUCCUAUUUGGACAAACAGACGAAGACCCCCUUACAGACGGGGCAGACCCCCACAGAGACGGGUUCGACCUCAGAAACCCUCCCUCCCCUCAUCACACAAACCACAGACGACACUCCCUCAACCCGCAACAAGAGUGGAAAAACAAGAAUCUACUGCAUCGCAAAAAGACAAUUCUAAAAUGGAGGACAAUAUUACAGAACACAUACCCACUAUUUCAACACAUGAUGACAAUGAGCCUGUUGAUCCGAUCAUUAAUCCCAACACUGCUACAGACAAAUCAGAUAGCAUUCACAUAAAAUCAUUAACACCAGAGAUGAAAGACCUUAGUAUAGUUAACCUUUCAAACAGAGAGCAUGUGCCUACACCAGAGACAAUCACCUCAGCAGAAAAUCUACCUCCCCCAACUGAGGUGCCUGGACAGGAGAGGACAUGGGAGAACUUAAAAAAACAGGAUGUUAUUAGACAGACUACCCAAAACAGGCAAACAUCCCCAAAGAUAACAACAACAACAACAAAGCACACUGAUAUUAAUUAUAACAUUCAUUUAAAACCUCAUUUGUCACAUGAUACGGUUGCUAUGGCAACACCCGUACUGACUAAACUUGACGUUUCAGAUAAAGGAGCUGCCAAGCCAGAAACCCCUUCAACAAAAGUACAUUUUCUAAAUCCAACUCCUAAAAAAUCACAAGAUAAGACACCAACACAUUUGAGAACCGUUGCAAAAGGCAGUGUUGCUCGGGAGGAUUUUCUGAGGAACACACACAGAAACUCGUAUAAAAAGGAGGAGGAUCACUCUCAAAUGAAACCUGACAGUCCCAGUCUCCCCAUCCACCCCUGGAUCUACCAACAGAAUGUCCAAAUGAGAGUUCAAACCACCCCUCCACCCUACGCUCCCACCCCCUAUUGGCCUUAUAGCCGCUUACAAGUGUGGCCCUCAGUUCAUGGUUCAGGGCCACAUCCUUUCUUUACGGAGAGGCCCAUGCUUUUCCCCCACCCAGGGGGCCGGGGCGUUGGGGUCACCAAUCGACCAGAAAUCACAGCUGAGACUGUCAGGCCCACAGCGUUCAUCUCUGCUUCACCGGGCAGUGGCAUGGCAGCCCCGCUGACCUCCCACCCACCCCACAGGAGCCCAGGCCCAGCCAGCAGGACCCGACAGCAGGACCUCUUAAUGCUCUCCAAGCUCAGAAACAGAUACAGACAGGCUCAGCUGGACCGUAUUUCACAGCUAGGGAAGAGAGUGACAACUAAGCCCAAGAUCAGUCACCCUACACCUAGACCUCACUACCAGCCUCCCACUCCGUCAUACAACUACUGGCCUGUGCCCCCCACCACCUCCCUCCCCGUGCCCACCAACAGGCCCUACUCCACAGCCAGUGUCCUGUACGGCAGCCGCUGGCACUACAGCCACUGGGGCCAGAGGAGGCUGAGCACGGCCCUGCCAUUCCCCAACUUGAUGGGUAGUGGGGUGAAGCCUAGGAUCAGUUCUGUGAACACAGUCAGUGUGUCUGCCCUGGCUGAGGGUGAUGUGCUGCUGCCCUGUGAAGCAUCAGGAGACCCACAGCCAGCGCUCUCCUGGACUAAAGUCUCCACAGGUGCUACCGUCCAAGCAAACACAAAACACGGACAGAGAUUUGAAGUUGUAAAGAACGGCACCUUUGUGAUUAAAAACAUUCAGCUACAGGACAGAGGCCAGUACCUCUGCACGGCACAGAACACAUUUGGCUCGGACCGAAUGGUCAUUACCCUGGCUGUGCUGACCCAGCCUCCCAAAAUCAUAGGCCCCCACUCCAGAGAGGUCCCAGUGUAUUUGGGGAAGGCUAUAAGCUUAGACUGUGUAGCCUCUGGCAAGCCCCAGGCUCAGAUCUCCUGGAUUCUUCCAGACAAGACCUUUGUGCGUGAUGUGGGAGCUCUUGACAGGUCAGCCUCUCUGCUGGCUAACGGCACCCUGAGGAUCCAAUCAGCUAACUUCUCCAGUAAAGGCGACUAUAGGUGUAUCGCUAGCAAUGCGGCCGGGGCUGACACAGUGACUUUUCACAUCCACGUGGCAGCGCUACCGCCCACCAUCAAUGAGGAGGCCUCGGAGAGCAUCGUCAUCCAGGAAGGGAGAAGUGUGUACGUCCACUGCACUGCCAAGGGAGAGCCUGCGCCUGUGCUAAAGUGGACGCUCCCUGCAGGGGUACAUGUCAAACCCUCCCAGAUCCUCGGCAGGAGACUGUUUGUCUUCCCCAAUGGGACGCUGUACAUCAAGAACAUCUCUCCGGAAGACUCGGGGAGGUAUGAGUGCUCUGUGACCAACGCAGUGGGCGCGGCCAGGAGAGUUCUGUACCUGAAGGCCAGGCAGGAGGUCCCCAGCCUGCGACUGUCACACCACCCCUCCCAACAGCACCGAGUCACAGCCAUGUAUGGCUCCACUGUGUACCUGCACUGUCCAGAGUCCACUGGCACUCCCCGUGGCACUCUGUGGCAGCUACCAUCCAAAACAUUGCUGGAACAUCGCUACAGCCCUGAGAGACCUGUCACCGUGUUCUCCAAUGGGACCUUACGGAUCCUGCAGCUGACUGAAAAAGAUGGAGGUAGCUACCUGUGUAUGUUCCAGAGGCCCAAUGGUGAGGACAUGGAGCUGUUCCAGGUGCAGGUGCUCAUGAUGCCACCUAAGAUCGAACAUCUGGCCACAGCUCAGAAGAGGGUGACCUCUGGGGAGAACUUCCAGGUGGACUGUGUUGCCUCAGGCCUCCCUGACCCAGAGGUGUCCUGGAGCCUCCCUGAUGGAACCAUGAUCAACAACGCCCUACAGUCGGACGACAGCGGCACCCGUUCUCGCCGCUAUGUCAUCUUCGGGAAUGGAACACUGUUGCUGCAGCAGAUGGGAAAGAAGGAUGAGGGGGACUAUACAUGCCAUGCUAAGAAUGAACUGGGGGAGGAUGAGAUGAAGGUGAGCAUCAAAGUAGGCCCUGACUUCCCCCGAAUCACAUCCAAGGCUCAGCUGUUGCUCACGGCCCGACUCGGAGAGUCUGCCUAUAUGACAUGUCAGGCGACUGGGGAGCCUCCACCAACCAUUGUGUGGCUUCCCCAAGCAAUGACGUCAUCACAUCCUCUUCAACCAAAUACCAAACCUUAGAUGAUGGGACUUUGGUGAUAAAGAAGGUGACGUUGGCCGACCAAGGGAAGUAUGCUUGUGUGGCAAGGAGUUCUGCUGGGGAUGACAUCAAGAACAUUAAGAUACAAGUAGAACCAAGAGAGCCACACAUCAAUGAACAAGGUGG